AUGAGACAGAUGCAGUUUUCCGGCAACGGUUUUCAAUGGCAGUUUUCGAAAAUUAGUCAAGGUCAGCAGUAUUCUGGUGGUGGAGGUCAACAACAACAACAACAACAGCAACAACAACAACAACAAUAUUCCAGAGGUAUUCAAAGCCAGUAUCCAGGUAGUGGAAAUCAGCAACAGCAGUACCUGGGAAUAUGUCAAGGCCAGCAUCUUGGUGACGAAAACCAACAACAACAGCAGUAUACGUUAGGGAGUCAAUCGCUUGGCAGUGGAAGCCAAACACGAUUCCAAUAUGGUACUAAUAUUUUUAAAGCAACCUGUGCAACAUAUGUGCACAAUAAAUGCGAAGAAGAGAGGGGUAUUGCUGGUAACUUUAAGAAGGGGUGGAGAGUGGUGGUUAUUCAUUCUUCAAUUUGGAAGGUUUUGUAUGAAACGUAG